GGGUGAUGGACAGACUGGUAAUUGGUAUAUUCCUUGAAACAAAUGGAUGCCAGGGAGCUCUAGGCGGCGCCAAAACCAAAAUCUCAAUACUGUAACUGCCAACAUGUAUGAAUAGCCCCUUGAACUCCGGUUCAUCUCAUUCCUGGCCACCCUCUCUCAGUGACAUUUACGAGGGUACAAAGUUAAUGAUAAAAUGUUUUGUUUAAUAACUUCGUUUAUACCAUAACUGAAUUUUAGCUGUAACUAUGACUACUGUCUUAGCUUACACUCUUUUUAUAUGGGAUGGUCCCUCUCCCACCCCUCCCUUCCCUUCCAUUGGUGUAAGUCUCUUUUAAAAAAAAGAAAAGGAAAAGAAAUUUGGGGCGCCCUCUUUAUCAGGCUCUUGUGUCUCAAGGUUAGAAGAAAUGUGUCUGAUAAACAAAUUCACUCUAGAUUAGGCAGUCUGAAAAUGGGUUAAAUACACCCGCAGUUACGUGGCUGAGGCUACCUGUGCAUCUCUAUCACCUUAUAGGUUGUAAACAGAACCUCUAAUCUUAACGAAAUGGUCAUUUGAUACCUGGCGACAGUCGACACUUACAGGGAAGCUGCCGCGACGACGAGCUUGUAGUCCAUGAAAAUUAUGAAGAAGAAUACUUUAUAGUUUUUUUUCCACCUUUACUUCAGGCGCAACACGUUUCUUUUAAUAAAGUUGUUCACAGUGCUUUUUUGACAUGCACAUUUGCCUGUCUUUCAGCUGAGUUACGUUAUCGGACUUGAGUCGUGUUUGAACAAGAUGUCGAGAUGCAGGUUCAAUAGACUUCUGCAAAUUUGUGUUCUAAUGCUGGGAUUCUUACUGACACCGGGUCAAACGCGAGUAUUUACAAAUCGUUGGGCAGUGAAAAUAACAGGGGGUCCCGAGGCGGCAAACUUCAUAGCGGAAAAAUACGGAUUCCUUAAUAUGGGUCAGAUUGGAGACCUGCAGGACCACUACCACUUCCUCCAUCCGAGGAUCAUGAAGCGCUCCACGGCCUCCAUCCUGGGCAACCACAGCCUCAUCGCCAUGGAGAGCAAUGUGGAGUGGGCCCAACAGCAGGUUGUUCAUCACAGGACAAAACGAGAUGACACCAUCAGCUUCAAUGACCCUAAAUGGGAUAAAAUGUGGUACAUACACUGUGAUCAGAACUGCCUGACAGACAUGAACAUUAAGGGUGCCUGGAACAGAGGCUACACAGGCAAAGGUGUUGUGGUCUCCAUCCUGGACGACGGCAUAGAAAAAGUUCACCCUGACCUCAAGCACAAUUACGACCCCCGGGCCAGCUGGGACUUCAAUCGGGACGAUCCUGACCCAAGUCCCCGAUAUGAUGUCACUGAUGAGAACAAACACGGGACAAGAUGUGCAGGCGUUGUUGCAGCAGCUGCAAAUAAUUCCCUCUGUAUGGUUGGGGUCGCCUACAACGCCAAGAUAGGAGGUAUCCGCAUGCUGGAUGGUGACAUGUCGGACAUGCUGGAGGCCCAGUCUCUGAGCUUCCGUCCGCAGUACAUAGACAUCUACAGCUCCAGCUGGGGUCCCGACGAUGACGGCAGGACUGUGGACGGGCCCGGCAGCCUGGCCCGACUAGCCCUGGAGAACGGGAUCCGCAAAGGCAGAAAAGGAAGGGGUUCCAUCUUUGUCUGGGCCUCUGGAAACGGUGGGCGGAACAAAGACCACUGCUCGUGUGAUGGCUACACCAACAGCAUCUACACCAUCUCAGUGAGCAGCACCACCCAGAGUGGCAGGAAGCCCUGGUACCUGGAGGAGUGUGCCUCCACGCUGGCCACCACCUAUAGCAGCGGGGAGGCCAACAGCAUCGGCAUAGUGACUACUGACCUGAGGCAGCGCUGCACUGAGGAACAUUCCGGAACAUCCGCUUCUGCACCCAUGGCAGCCGGAAUCAUCGCUCUUACCCUAGAAGCCAACCCACUGUUAACAUGGAGGGACGUGCAGCACAUCAUUGUGAAGACGUCACGACGAGGUCACCUGAGCGCUCCUGACUGGCAGACCAAUGGAGCUGGGCAUGACGUCAGUCACCUGUAUGGUUUUGGUCUGAUGGAUGCUGAAGCCAUGGUAACAGAGGCUGAGAGAUGGACACAUGCGCCCCCUCAUCGUGUGUGUGUGGACAAUAUCGUUUACGGCAAUAGGGAGAUCCGUGCUGACCGGGUGCUCAGGUCUACACACACCUCAUCAGGCUGUAACAAGCACGUGGCGUACCUGGAGCACGUGGCCAUAAGUGUGACCCUGUUGCACCCUCGCCGCGGUGACCUCUCCGUCACCCUCACCUCACCCUCGGGGACCCGGUCACAGCUCCUCAUAACAAGGGAGAAUGACUACUCCGCCGAGGGCUUCAGGAGGUGGAAGUUCAUGACCACGCACUGCUGGGGGGAGACGCCGUCUGGAGAGUGGACCCUGGAGAUUCGGGACACUCCCAGCAGGAAGAGGCCAUACAGACACGCAGCCAAACUGAUCGAAUGGUAUCUGGUGCUUUAUGGCACUACUGUGCACCCAAACCCAUCACCGCGACAUGUACAGGCUCGCUCGGUUGAUGCGGCCAUCGAUGAUAACAUCCCAGAAGAAUACACCGGCCCCUGUGAUCCCGAGUGCAGUGAGGAUGGCUGCGAAGGACCCGGGGCUGACCAGUGUGUUGCCUGUCUUCACUUCUUUCUCAAGUUCAAGAACAACACAAGGACCUGUGUGUCCGGCUGUCCCAAGGGUUUCUGGGGGGACAGGAAGCGGUGUAAGAAGUGCUACUCUUCCUGUGAGACGUGUGAAGGCAGCCGCAGUAAUCAGUGCACUUCCUGUAAGCCCUCACACCACUUCAACGAGGACACAAGCUCCUGCAUGACCAGCUGUGAAGACGGCUACUACGUGGAGCAUGUUGGGAAUGUGUGCAGGAAAUGCAGUGAAAACUGCAUGCGAUGCACAGCCUCCACCAUCUGCACAGAGUGCAUGGAGGGCCACAGUUUGGUGGGUAAUAAGUGCCAGAGGACCUGUGCUGCGGGCACCUACCUCAGUGAACAGCAGGGCACCUGUGAGCCCUGCCACGCGGCCUGUGCCACCUGUGCAGGUGCAGGUGUAGAGGCUUGUAAGCACUGUGCAGAGGGUUACGUCAUAGAGGAGUGGAAGUGUGUGUCCUCCUGCAGCCAAGGCUUCUAUGCAACUCAGCAAGGUUCUGACAGCAAAAUAUGCAGGAGGUGUGAUGCCAGCUGUCUCGCGUGUGUGGGUGAUGGCAGGGGCAACUGCAGCAGUUGUGUUGAAGGACACACUUUACAGGAUAGAGUGUGUGUGACAGAGUGUAAAGAUGGAGAGUACCAGGACGACCAGGGGAACUGUCAUGCCUGUGAUGGCACCUGUCACAAGUGUAGAGGACCCAGGAACAACGACUGCAUCAACUGCUCUCCACCUCUGUUCCUGGACGAGGGCCAGUGUGUGGCCAGUUGCCCUUCUGGGAGGUACCAGGCCGCUGGGCAGUGCCACCUCUGUGACCACACCUGUGCCGAGUGUGUGGACCGUGGGCCUGCCAACUGCUCCAGCUGUGACACAGACAAGUUCGGGACGGACCGCUACCUGUUCCAGGGUCAGUGUGUGGACUCGUGCCCGGAGGCUCACUUCCACACACAGCAGAAGACGUGCGAGGCGUGCCCCGAGCAGUGCCAGCUCUGCAGCUCCGCCAGCCGCUGCCUCAAGUGCAGCCCGCCCUACUACCUCAACCACGGGGUCUGCACGCGUCUGGAGUGUGGGGAAGGAGAAGUCGAGGACCCCGACUACGAUGACUGCAUGCCAUGCGAAGAGGGCUGCAUGAAGUGUGUCUUAUACAACCCCAAGCACUGCAUGUCCUGCAUCGAGGGCUACUACAAGUAUGAGGAGGGCUGCUAUAAGCAUUGCCCAGCGAAGACCUACCCAGUGGAGGAGGACAUGACGUGUAUGGCCUGCGACUCCAACUGCGUCAGCUGUGACGAACACGAGUGCUACUGGUGUGAGACAGACCUCUUCCUCUUAGAUGGAAAGUGUGUGCAGGACUGUCCGGAGGGUUUCUACGGCAACGAGGACUCACAGGAGUGCGAGGAGUGCGACGAGAUGUGCCGCACGUGCAGCGGCCCCGAGGACGAUGAGUGUGACAGCUGUCAGGAGGGAGACAAGCUGCAGGACGGGGAGUGUGGCCCCGACCAGGACUCCUGUCCAUCAAAGACAUACCCCACCGAUGAGGGCGAAUGCAAGGCCUGCCACUCCAGCUGUGAGUCCUGCGCUGGGCCCCUGAAGAGUGACUGUGUCUCCUGUGUCAAAGGCCGAUACCUGACCACCGACCAGACGUGUGUGUUGCGCUGCCCGGCGGGUCGCUUUGGGAGUCGUGCGAGCGGAGUGUGUGAGGUGUGUUCGGCGGGGUGUGCCCAGUGUGCCAGCCUGCAGCAGUGCCAGCGCUGCCAGUCCACACGCAGGAAGCAGCUCUACCUGCAGAACAGCCAGUGUGUUCAGCAGUGCACCAGUGGCUUCCCCCUGGGCCAGGUGUGUGAGAGCUGCGUGGAGGGCUGCCUGACGUGCGAGCGUAACGCCACACACUGCCUGCGCUGCCAGGAGCCGUUGGUCCUCCACAAGCACAAGUGCCUGGACACCUGCCCCCCAGAACACACCCUCCGUGACGGGGAGUGCCAACACUGCCCCGCCGGCUGCCGCCGCUGCACCGGCACCGGCCUGUGUGCAGAGUGCGAGGAGUCCCACCUCCUCCACGAGAGCCACUGUGUAGCGGAGUGCCCUGGUGGUUUCUAUGGUGACACCGAGGGCAGGGUGUGUGGGCGUUGCCAUGGGGACUGUGAGCUGUGUGACGGACCAGGCGCAGAGGAGUGUGACGCGUGUGCCGACCCCGACGCCAGCCUGCAGAACGGGAAGUGUGUGGUCCCGUGUCCCGAACGCACAUACAAAGAUGCCCACACGGGAGAGUGCAUGAACUGCGACCCCUCCUGUCACCGCUGUUCCGGCCCUCACGCCACCUCCUGUACCAGCUGCGCCGAGGGCUUGAGACUGGACGCCCACGCCCGCUGCGCGACCCUCGCCACCUGCCCUGCCCGCCACUACGCCGACCAGAACGGCGAGUGCCACCAGUGCCAUAAGUACUGCCAGCAGUGCUCAGGGCCGGACAGGAGCCAGUGCCUGAGCUGCAGCCCCAACCAUUACCUGCUGAAUGGCAGUUGUGUGGACGCCUGUCCUGUGGGGUCCUUCAGGGACCAGAGCCAGCAGACUUGUGAAGCGUGUCACCCGUCCUGCCUAUCCUGUGUGGGGAGACACAGCCAUGAGUGCCUGGCCUGCAAACCAGAGCUCUUCAGGGACAGCAAGGAAUGUGUGGAGACCUGCCACUCCAGUCACUAUGGUGACAUGUCCACGCGGGCGUGCGAGCCCUGCGACGCGAACUGCGCAGAGUGUCUGGAAGCGGGGCCUGACAGCUGCCUGAGCUGCCGAGAGGGCCAGGUGUACCUGAGGAGGCAGGGCCAGUGUCUGCACACCUGUCCCCUGGACCACUACGAGGACACGCACCACAAGACCUGCGAACCCUGCCACCCCUCCUGUAAAACCUGCCUCAGUAAAGGAGCUCAGUCAUGUGACUCCUGUCAUAUAGGAUACUCUCUUGUAGAGGGUGCAUGUGUGUCACAGUGCAUCAUGGGAGAAUUUCCAGUCGUAGAGCAACACUUAACUAACAGGUGUGAGAGUUGCCAUGACUCCUGUCUGGAGUGUCGGGGGCCGGGCCCCCAUAACUGCACGCUGUGCUCAGGUCAGUCCAUCCUGACGGUGGAGGGCCGUUGCCUGCCCUGCUGCACCAGGGAGCACUCGGGGGCCGGAGGAGAGGGAGCCCCCCCGCAGCAGGAGUGCUGCAACUGCACUGAAACCAAAGGCGAGUGCAUCCUCAGCACCAACUUCGCCUUCCGUAACGAGCCUGAGGAUGGCGAUGACGACGAGGAAGAGCGGGGCAACCUGGCGCUCUUCAUCACCACCUGCGUCCUGCUGCUGCUGGGCCUGGGUGCCGUGGCCAUCCUCAUCCGCCGCUCGCUUGCCAAGGGACCCAGCAAGCCCGACAGGGUCCCUGGUCGCGGCUACGAGAAGCUGUCCAACAGCAACCGCUACGGGGGUGGUGGCAUUGGGGGUGCCACGUCCUUCUCCUCUGAGUCCUACAGCACUGGAGGAGGGGGAUUCCAGGGGGGGUCGUCCGGAGGUCGCUUCCGGGAGGAGCAGCUUGUGGACCUAAAUGAUAGGUCGAAAGGCCGCGGAGAGGAUGAUGAUGACGAUGAAGAUGAAGACGAAGAUAUUGUGUACAUGGGGCAGGACGGGACGGUGUACCGGAAGUUUCGUUACGGGCAGCUGAACGACGAUAACGAGGAUGAGCUGGAGUACGACGAUGAGAGCUACACAUUCCGGGCAGAUCCUUUCGCUGACAAUCAGCCAGAUAAGGCCACCACUCCACAGAUGGUGUGAGAGUCCCAGGACGGUGCCCGUCUAAAGGAUGGCGUCAGGCAAUAGCUUAUUUAACACGUUAGUCCACCCGAAGUGGACAGCACAAAACUCAUUUUAGCAUUGGCUUUGUGAUUGGUUUCAUUUAUUUCUGUGUGAGCAUACAUGUACUAGCUGCUACACUGACAGCUCCUCUGUAAAGUUUCCAACCUUUUCAUAUGAUCUAACGUGGCAGAAUUUAUGUUGCUUUUGUUUGCUGUCAAAAAGUGUUUUUUUUUUGUGCGAGCAUAUC